GCGGACGUUGUGGAUAUUGCGUGUCUUUUGAUGGACGAUGUACUUAAGCAAUUGGAGGAUGCAGCUACUGCACAACUGCAUUCAAUAAAGUCAGAAGACCGGAAACGAGCAGAGGAGAAAAUUCUGCAGUUCCGUUCCUGCUCUGAGCCUUACGAAAUAUGCACUGCUAUUUUAACUCGUUCAAAUAACGACUGCCUGCUAUAUGAAGCUGGUCGAUGUCUGUCUCAUGCAGUGGUUCGGGAAUGGAAUUCAGUUUUCGCUCCAUCAAGCGAAUGCAUAGAUAACUGCAAAGCACUCCAGCUUCUAACUUUCAUCUUGGAAUGGGCACAGCGUCGUGGAUUCGAGUGCGGUCCUGCUGCUCGUCAGCGCAUCUUAAGCGCUGCUGGGGCGCUGGUUAAAAGGGCUUCAGCAGCCCAUGCCGAAAAGGUUGCUGCUGUUUGGCGGUCUACAGCAGUUGAUGAAAAUGUCCAUCAUAGACCUGGAAUAGGAUCUCGAAUACUUACCACACCACCAGAUGAUCCAGGACCUUCUUGUUGGUUAUUGAUCAAGUUGAUUGAACACAUUGAGGAGUUGAUUCAACCGCUAACACAAUCAGACAUAUCUGGCAUUGAUAAUGAUCAGGAACCUAUUUUUAAACAAGGAUUAUUAGGCUUAUAUAUAUUGUCUGCAUUGUUAGAUGAAUUUGCCUAUUCCGAAGAUAGUGCACAAUUAAAUAUGCCAUUGGAAGCACAUGUUUUUCUUCGAGCUAGAUUUCAGGACUAUGAACUAGUACGAUUAUUUAAAAAUUUACUUUGCCUAGCUAAUCAACUAUUAGUUUAUUGGUCUUCAUUGGAUUGUUCAACUCUAAGUCAAGGACAAAGUGAAAUUUUAUACAGAGUAAUCAAUUGCCUCGAUAUGAUUACAGGUUGGGAUUUUUUACCGCGUGAACUUAUUCGUUUUCAUGCAAGUCAACUAAGACGUUCUGAUCAAGAAGCUCGUUUUCGUCCUAGUAUAAAAUGGAAUGAUCUACUUGGAUCCAAUGCAUUUCCAAAGACAUUAUUAUUGUUUAUUAAAUUACAUACAUGGGUACGCAAUUCCGAUCUACUCGGUGCACGUCUAUUAUCAUGUUUAGUUCGUUUCUCAUCAAUGUCUGGUCCAUUGAUUUAUCCAAUAUGUUCUACUCCAUUAACAACUUACAUAAAUAAUAAUAAUAACAAUAAUAAUAAUAAUAAUCAUUGUUCAUCUUAUUAUGAUUAUUAUACUCAUGAAAAUCAAUCACCAUUUGGUUCAUCAUGUACGCUGCAUUAUUUAAUAUUAAUUGAACAUUUCAAUUGUUGGUUUGGCAAAACAUUACCACCAAUGAAAGAUACAAUUCAAUUAACAUUUGAUACAUUCAUUAAUCAACUGCCACAAUUACAUCAAAUUAUAACAAAUUGUAUUAUAGAAAAUAUUGAUAUAAUUCCAAAUAUUACAUUAAACAAUUUAUUACCUUAUGAAUUAACUAUUUUAUCAGAAUUUAUUCUCAAUAUAAUGUUGAAUAGUUCACGUGCAUGGGAACCAGUUGAACGUGUACUAACAUUGUCUAAAUUAAAAUCACAAGAAUCUUUAUCAAAUGAGACAUGUCAAUCAAUAUUUCAUAUUGGUUUUAUUAGUUUAUGGAUAAUGAAUAAAUUUUUUGCUAUUUUAUGUUCUCUUUUAAUUCAGUGUAUACGAAUGGAAGCAGAAUGUUCCAAAGAAGCCGAAGAUGAUGAUGGUCAAUUAGCUCAUGAAGCUGUUGAACGUUUAUUCAAUUGUUGGAAUGAUCUAAUCGAUUUAAUUCCAUCAUCAUCCAGUGAACAACAGACUAAUCGUUUUCAAAAGAAUCACAAUUCAUCGACCAAUAAUUCUGUUAAUGAUGAUGAUGAUGAUGAUAAUUCACCAUUACCUUUAACUACUGGACAAUUACAAAAUUCGGAUCAAUUAACUCAACAAAUGAAAAAGCUUCUUGGAUUAUUAAGAAAUAAUAAUUCAACACGCCAAUCACAAUUAUUUCAAUGUUUUCUCAUAUCAAAACUGUCACAACCAGUUGGUUUACGUCGAUUGAUGAACACACAUGACAAUAGUGAAGAGAUCAAUCUUGAAUUAGACGAAGAUGAUAUGACUUCUUCAGAGGAUAGUUUAUUCGCUGUAGGAUCUUGUGGUUUAUCUACACCUGACGAAUCUAGCACUACACUUGUUCGUUUAAUCAAUGAACGUGUCAAUCAAUUAAUUCAUUUACAAAAUUGUGAAUCAGAAAAAUCAAUUAAUUUAUUUGAAGAUCUUCAUUGGCUUCUAUUGAUUAGUGGUCAUUUUCUUGUCUCUGGUCCUGCAUCAUUGACAAGUGUUCUACGAAUGGGUUCACCAUGGGAUACACAAUUUUCAAUUCCUCAUCAACUUUUAUAUCUUGGUUCAAAUGAUACAGUUGAUGUCGUGAAUAGUCGUCGGUUAAUGUUUGUGUCUAUUGUACAAUGUCCUGAUAUAAAUAGUAGUUGGCCACCAGAAAAUUUACCAUAUACUCAUAUCCCUUCGUUAGUAAUUUUAUUUUGUUCUCUGUUUCGUUUAUUAUGGUUACAAGUUGUCUAUGGGGUUGGUAGUGCUCAGCUGAUCACAGACAAUUUUUGGUUAAUGACACGUUUAGCUGUCACAUAUUUUUGUCAUAAUGUUGUGGAUCGUGAUACAUUAAUGUCGAAUAUUUCUAGAUCACCAAUUAUGACAAUACUUCAACCGGAUUCUAUCCAACCAUUACCAGCACAUCAAGGUACAAUAGUAUCAUCAUUCUCAUCAUCAUCAGCAGCAGCAGCAAAUAAAACAUUGAAUGGUGAAAAUCAAUUCAAUGAAACAAAAGAAAAUCAUUUGUCAGAUAAUUGUCAUGAUAUUAAUCGAAUAUGUAUUCAAAGUUUAUUAAUGUGUACACGUUUAGCUUUAGAUAAAUGGUCACAUGAACCACAAGUAUUAAAUGCAUUGACACGUUUAUUAAGUGUACUUAGUGUACAUUCGCCGAAUGCAUCAUCUAAUUUAGCUUGUUCUGCAUGGUAUGAUAUAUGCACUAUAGUUUGUGGUCCUCAAGCUGCAGAACAUGCAUGGCCUAAUUUAUCAACGGAUAGUUUAAUUCAACUGAUUGAAGCUUGUUUAUGCGGUAGUUGGAUUAUUGAUAAAGCACAAUUAUCAUCAUCAUCAUCAUCGGCAUUAACUCACCAUCAGCAACAACAACAACAACAACAGAAUCAAACUAAUGAAGAAAAUUCGGAUACUUUACUAUUACAACUUAUUCGUGAAAUACGCGAACAAGUUCUACGUGUCAUUAAUACUAUUUCACAUGAUGGUGAAACCAAUUUUCCUCAUUCAAUUCAUGAUGCUACAGCUAUUGAAAUGUUAGUGAAUUGUACUGCUGUACUCAGAGGUAUUGCACGUGCUAUUGGCUCCAUAGCAUCAAAUAAUAGUAGUCAUUCAAGCACAGAUUUAAUUUCAUUAGUUUGGAAUGGUCUACUAGGUCCAUUUUUAUCACAUAGUGCAAAUUAUUUAGUAUUGAAAUGUCAUAAUUAUUCUGAAGCUAUACAAUCAAUAUUUUGUUUAUUCUCUGAUGUUGCUGAUUCAUGUUUAAUUUAUUUGGCCAGUCUACCAUCAUCAUCAUCAUUAUCAGCGUCAUCUGUAUCAUCAAAUGAUGUUUCUUGUUUAAAUGUACAAUCAACAUUAUUAUUAGAAAUAAAUAAUAAAUCAAUAAAAACUAACUCUACCAUUAUACCAUAUGCAUCUGGUUCAUUUUUAAAUUGGACAGUUGUAUUAUGCAGAAAUUAUACUAAAAAUACACAAGGUAAAUUAAAUUUUGAUACAACAGCAGAAGAUGAUCAAAUUCAAGAGUUGCAAUACUUGCUGAAUCUGCUAAAUCGUGUACUGUAUCAUGAAUUUGAAUUACGUCUAACCGGUGCUAUAGUGAUGUCUCGAGAAAACGAUGAACUAGUGAUUCAACCUGAUUCGAUUAAUUCACAAGAUGCAUUAAGUAGUACUAUUCCGACAGUGGAUGCAGCUGUUAUUGGCCUGGGAUAUUUAUUACCGUUAAUAACAGAAUCUACAUUAACAAUUCCAGAAUUAUGUCAAACAUUUUAUUCUUUAGCCUCAUAUGCUUGUGAAUUACGUGCUCAGGGAUUUGGUCGACUCACAGAUCAACAACUUUCCUCUUUUGGUCGCCUUCUUCGAUUUGGUAUAUUUGGUUUAAAUGUCAGUCAAUCAUCAAAUCCCAAUAAAUCUACAUCGACCGCACGAUCUACAUCAUCAUAUACUGUAGGAUGUGUUGACAAUUCAGUGAUUCAACAAUGUUUAGACAUUGUUAUUUCAUUGACAGAUCAUUUUUUAGAGAUAAGAUCACGUCCAAAUUCUUAUCCUAUGGAAGAUUUACAAAAUGCUAUUCGUUUAAUCAAUGUGAUUGGUUUGAAUACACAAUUCUUAUCGGAUUUAUUCACAUUGUUAACAAAAGAAAGUUAUUCAGUCAAUUUGGAAGUAUCAUUUUCAUCUGCUCUACUGAAUUUAAUUCAUUUAAGUCCGGAAGCUUACUCUAAUCUUGUACAUCAAUGGAUUAGCAAUUGUGACAAUCCUGCUAUGCAAACACGUUUAAGUGAUGCUUUUGAACAUUUAGGCAAUUAUUGUAAUCCAGAUAAUAAUAAUAAUAAUAAUCAUAAUAAUACUAUUGAAUUGAAUCAAUCAUCAUCUACUGGCAAUCAAAUUAUUCAUUCUAAUAAAUAUAUCACUUGUUUUCAUGAGAAUAAACCAACUCGUUCAAGUCGAUCAGAUUUUCAACAAUAUUUUCAUUUAUUUGUUACAGAAAUGCGUUCGUUUAUAUGUUUUGGAUAAACAAGUCAUAAUCACAAUUUGAAUAAUCAUAAUUAUAUAUAUUAAUAGAAAAUUUACCUUUAUUUUUGGUAUAUUUUUUCUCAUCAGGUGUAUGUAUAUGUGUUAUUUUUAUAAGCGUAUAUAUAUAUAUAUAUACAAAUUUAUGUAUAGAUAGGUGGUAUAUGUGUACAUGUAUAUAUAUAUAU